CAGGGGACUGUGUGGAUUUUCUUCUUCAGCAGAAGAGGAGAGGAGAUGGCUGUGAAUUUGAGAACGCAAAGUCUCUUUACGAUGACAAUAAGAGCAGAUUCCUCUUCAUAUUCAUCCAACGAUGUUCCUCCCUCCCGUCGUAACUCUAAUCUGCCGCCGCUGCAUCUCCUUUCUGUUCCCAAACCUUCAUGGAUCGUCAGAACAGAGUCUAACGUUCGAAUGGAGCAAAGGAAGAAACCUGAUCCCUCUUGUGUGAUAUGCUUGGGGAGUGGAAGAAUAGAUUGCUACCAUUGUCGAGGAAGAGGAAGAACAAACUGUGUUCAGCAAGAAAUGCUUCCCAUGGGUGAAUGGCCAAAAUGGUGCAGGGAAUGUCGUGGCAGUGGACUCGGUUAUUGUUCGCGAUGUCUUGGUACAGGUGAAUACAGGUAUAUAAUGGGCUUCCAAUUUAUGAACAGGGAAUUCCACGACAAUCGACAACCAACCAGAGUGGAUGAUGAUGGCGGUUCUUCUUAGAGCUUAUCAAAGUUGCAUGCUUUUGGUUUAUGCUUAUUGUUGAAAAUUUUAGAAUCUCUUCUAUUAGUAUGUUAAGAUAUACAAUACUCUAUUUGAAGCAUAUAGUGGAGGAGUGGUUUGACAAAAAUGAAGAAUCAUUUGUUUUAAUAAAACCACACAACAAAAAGGUUUUCUCUA